CCGGCCCUUUGUACGUGCUCGGCGGCGUGCGAGCGCGCCCGGCACGUGACCCCGCCGAACGUGGCAUUGUGUUAUCACGUGACCCAGGUGCGUACGCGACGGAGCGGGGUGUGAAGAUGGCGGACGAAGAGGCCGAGCAGGAGAGGUUGAAUCGCGGCGGAGGCGGCUGCGUCGCAGAGCUGCAGCGCUUGGGCGAACGGCUCCAGGAGCUGGAGCGACAGCUGCGGGAGAGCCGGGUGCCCGCCGUGGAAGCGGCCACCGAGUACUGUCAGCAGCUGUGCCAGACGCUGCUUGAAUAUGCAGAGAAAUGGAAAACCUCAGAAGAUCCUUUACCUUUAUUGGAGGUAUACACAGUGGCUAUCCAAAGUUAUGUUAAAGCUCGACCAUACCUUACCUCUGAAUGUGAAAAUGUAGCGUUGGUUCUGGAACGCUUGGCAUUAAGCUGUGUUGAACUUUUACUGUGUCUGCCUGUUGAGUUAUCAGAUAAACAGUGGGAGCAAUUUCAGACACUGGUGCAGGUAGCUCAUGAAAAGCUGAUGGAGAAUGGCAGCUGUGAAUUGCAUUUUUUAGCUACUCUAGCUCAAGAGACUGGGGUGUGGAAAAACCCGGUACUGUGCACUAUUCUUUCCCAGGAACCAUUGGAUAAGGAUAAAGUGAAUGAAUUUUUAACUUUUGAGGGUCCCAUCUUGUUGGAUAUGAGAAUUAAACAUCUUAUCAAAACAAAUCAGUUAAGUCAAGCAACUACUCUAGCAAAGCUGUGUUCUAAUCAUCCAGAGAUUGGUACAAAAGGUAGUUUUAAACAAACUUACCUUGUCUGUCUUUGUACCUCUUCACCAAAUGAAAAGCUAAUUGAAGAGAUUUCAGAAGUUGAUUGCAAAGAUGCACUUGAGAUGAUUUGUAACUUAGAAUCUGAGGGUGAUGAAAAAAGUGCUCUUGUCUUAUGCACUGCAUUUUUAUCACGUCAGCUCCAACGAGGAGAUAUGUACUGUGCUUGGGAACUCACUCUCUUUUGGAGUAAGUUACAGCAAAGGGUAGAACCAUCUGUACAAGUGUACCUAGAAAGGUGUCGUCAGCUUUCUUUGUUAACCAAGACAGUCUAUCACAUUUUCUUCCUGAUUAAAGUUAUUAACUCAGAGACUGAAGGAGCUGGACUUGCUACCUGUAUAGAACUAUGUGUAAAAGCACUUCGCUUAGAAUCUACAGAAAAUACUGAAGUGAAAGUAUCUAUUUGCAAGACUAUCUCAUGCUUGCUGCCUGAUGAUCUGGAAGUUAAACGUGCCUGUCAAUUAAGUGAAUUUCUUAUAGAGCCUACUGUAGAUGCAUAUUAUGCUGUGGAAAUGUUGUAUAAUCAGCCAGACCAGAAAUAUGAUGAAGAAAAUCUUCCAAUACCAAAUUCUCUACGCUGUGAGCUCCUACUUGUUUUGAAAACCCAGUGGCCCUUUGAUCCAGAAUUCUGGGAUUGGAAAACCUUAAAGCGACAGUGUCUUGCAUUAAUGGGGGAAGAAGCAUCCAUUGUGUCUUCAAUAGAUGAACUGAAUGACAGUGAAGUUUAUGAAAAAGUAGCAGACUACCAGGGAGAUAUUAAAGAAACUUCUGUAAAUGGACUUUCUGGUGGAAUUGGUGCUAAUUCUGGCUUCCUUAAAGACAUGUGUGAUGAUAAGCAGAAGAAGAAAGAGAUGAAACACUUGAAAGAGGGGGGAUUUAUAUCUGCUAGGUUUAGGAAUUGGCAAGCCUACAUGCAGUAUUGUGUGCUAUGUGACAAAGAAUUUCUUGGUCAUAGAAUAGUACGGCAUGCUCAGAAACAUUACAAAGAUGGGGUUUACAGUUGCCCUAUAUGUGCUAAGAACUUUAAUUCUAAAGAAACUUUUGUCCCUCAUGUCACAUUGCAUGUUAAACAGUCUAGUAAAGAAAGGUUAGCAGCUAUGAAACCAUUAAGGAGAUUGGGAAGACCUCCUAAGAUCACAACUGUCAAUGAGAAUCAGAAGAUUAAUGCUGUGACCAAGCAGGAACAGCGACCUAUAAAAAAGAAUAGUCUCUAUUCAACAGACUUCAUAGUAUUUAAUGACAAUGAUGGUUCCGAUGAUGAGAAUGAUGAUAAAGACAAGUCUUAUGAGCCAGAAGUGAUUCCAGUCCAGAAACCAGUACCUGUUAAUGAAUUUAAUUGCCCUGUAUCUUUUUGUAAAAAGGGCUUUAAGUACUUUAAAAAUUUAAUUGCUCACGUGAAGGGGCAUAAGGAUAAUGAAGAUGCCAAGCGCUUUCUUGAAAUGCAAAGCAAAAAAGUUAUUUGCCAGUACUGUAGACGGCAUUUUGUAAGUGUUACUCAUCUCAAUGAUCACUUACAGAUGCACUGUGGCAGUAAACCAUAUAUCUGUAUACAAAUGAAAUGUAAGGCUGGUUUUAAUAGUUAUGCAGAACUCUUAACCCACCGAAAGGAACACCAGGUUUUUAGAGCAAAGUGUAUGUUUCCUAAAUGUGGCAGAAUUUUUUCAGAAGCAUAUUUACUAUAUGAUCAUGAAGCACAGCAUUAUAAUACCUACACUUGUAAGUUCACAGGUUGUGGUAAAGUUUAUCGAUCUCAGAGUGAGCUCGAAAAGCAUCUGGAUGAUCAUAGUACUCCUGAAAAGUCGUUACCUCCUGAAGACCAUUUUAAUUCUUCUGGAGAGUCUGUUCAACCUUCCAAAGUGAAUGAAAGCACAGAAGGAAAUACUGCAAAAGAGAGCCCUCUGCUUCCUUCAGAGAGUAGCAUUGAAAACACCUUGUCAGCAGAUAGAAAUAACAGUUGGGAUAAAAGCAGCACAGAAUCACUGGUGACCAAACAAGACCAGAUUUCUACUUCUGAAUUCAGACAACUUGAUGGACCAUUGUCAAAUGGUUUGGAAAAUUCUGUUACUACUCCUCUGCUUCAAGCCAGUGAAGUAGCUGUGUCUAUUAAGGUGUCUCUCAAUCAAGGGAUCGAGGAUAACUUUGGAAAGCAAGAUAACUCAGCUGUGGAAGGCAAUAGUGAAUCACUAGUUACAGACUUAAAAGCAUCUGUUGAAGGUACUUGUAAUGAUUUGUGUCAUCCAAAUUUUCAAGAGAGAAAACAGAGUUGCUUUAAUGAAGCCCAGGUGACAUCGGAUUCUUCAGUGAACUCCGAAACCCUCAAAAUAGAUGACCUUACCUCACAAAACUUAGAAAGACAAGUGAACAGCCUGAUGACCUUUUCUGUGCAAAAUCAAACAGGAUUUCAAAACAAUUUACCAACUCCUAAGGCUGACUGUGGAGAUAGUGAUAAAGCAUCAACCACCCUUUAUAAUUUACCUCUUAAGACAUUAGAAACUAUCACAUUUGCUUCAUCACAACCCAACCUAAGUAGUUCUGUGGGAACUCCAUCAGUGCCUCCAAAAGCUCCAGUUCAAAAAUUCAGUUGCCAGGUCGAGGGAUGUACUCGAACCUAUAAUUCUUCACAGAGUAUUGGGAAACACAUGAAGACAGCACACCCUGACCAAUAUGCCACAUUUAAAUUGCAGCGCAAAAAUAAAAAAGGUCAGAAACCUAACAACUUAAAUAAACCAAAUAAUGGGAAGUUUGUUUAUUUUUUGCCAUCACAGGUGAGCAGCUCUAAUAAUGCAUUUUUUACACCACAGACCAAAGCCAGUGGGACUUCUACAUGUUCAGAUCAGUUACAGCAUAUCUCACCUUCUGUUUUUCCAGCUCAUUUAGCCAGUGUGUCAGCUCCACUGCUGCCCACAGUGGAAAGUGUCAUUGAUCCAAAUAUACCUUCUCAGGAUAAAAGUGAACAAGGUGGUGGUAUGUUAUGUGCGCAAAUGGAAAAUUUGACUAGUACUACCUUGCCAGCACAAAUGGAAGAUCUAACCAAAACAGUCUUGCCUUUGAAUAUUGACAGUGGCUCAGAUCCCUUCCUUUCCUUACCUGCAGAAAACAGUUCAAUGUCUCUCUUCCCUUCACCAGCAGAUAGUGGGACUAAUUCUGGUUUUUCCCAGCUGGGAAAUAACACAAAUCAUUUUCCCUCGCAGAUUGAAGGAAACACUAACUCCUCCUUUCUAAAGGGAGGUAACGGUGAAAAUACAGUUUUUCCUUCACAGGUGAGUGUUGUAAAUGACUUUAAUGGCACCAAUACCCAACAGUCUGCACCUGAAAAAGUUAAAAAAGAACGUGGACGGGGCCCAAAUGGGAAAGAAAGAAAACCCAAGCACAACAAAAGGGCUAAAUGGCCUGCAAUUAUCAGAGAUGGGAAAUUUAUAUGUAGCAGGUGUUACAGGGCUUUUACUAAUCCCAGGUCUCUAGGUGGACACUUGUCUAAGAGAUCCUAUUGUAAACCACUGGAUAGAGCAGAAAUUGCUCAAGAACUUCUACAGAAUAAUGGACAGCCUUCGCUUCUUGCCAGCAUGAUUCUCUCCACAAAUGCAAUAAAUUUGCAGCAGCCUCAACAGUCUACCUUCAAUCCAGAAACAUGUUUUAAAGAUCCAUCAUUCCUGCAACUUCUUGCUGCUGAAAAUCGCUCAUCAACCUUUUUACCGAAUACAUUUCCUCGGACUAGUGUGACUAACUUUAAUACAAAUGUUAGUCAGGAAGGAAGUGAAAUUAUUAAACAGGCUUUGGAAACUGCUGGCAUCCCCAGUACAUUUGAGGGUGCUGAAGUACUUCCUCAUGUUCCAGUCAGUUGUGUCUCAGAUACAGCACAAGUAAAUGCAACAUUGAUACCAAACCCAACUGUGCCACCCCUGUUGCAGACUGUGUGCCCCCCAAACUCCCUGCUGACAAACCAGAAUGGGACACAAAACUCCAAACCUUCCUCCAUUGAGGAAUGUUGUCCCAGUUUGCCUGUUUUCCCUUCAAAUGACUUACUACUGAAGACUGUUGAAAAUGGCUUAUGUUCUACUCCAUUUCCAAAUCCUAGUGGGCCAUCGCAAAACUUUACAAAUAAUAAUGCACGUGUUUCAGUUAUAAGUGGACCUCAAAAUACAAAGUCCAUUCACUUAAACAAUAAAAAGGGAAACAGUGCCUCUAAAAGAAGAAAGAAAGUUGUUCCUCCGCUAAUUGUGCCUAAUACUUCCCAAAACUUGGUAACAAGUGACUUAACAGCAAUGGGACUUAUAGCAAAGAGUAUUGAAAUACCAACUACAAACCUUCAUCCAAAUGUAAUUCCAAAUUGUGAACCUCAGGGCUUGGUGGGAAAUCUAACAGAGAAGUUAAAUAAUGUUGACAAUCAGUUAUUUAUGACUGAUGUAAAAGAAAACUUUAAAUCCACUCUUGAGUCCAAUGCAGUGUUAGCUCCUUUGACAUUAAAGGCUGAGAAUGAUGAUUCUCAAAUGAUGGCAUUGAAUACAUGCACAACUUCAAGUUCUGAUUUGCAAAUUUCUGAAGAUAAUGUUAUACAAAACUUUGAAAAGACUCUAGAAAUUAUUAAAACUGCUAUGAAUUCUCAAAUGCUUGAUGUAAAAAAUGAAUCUCGGGCUGUUGGUGGAACAUCACAGAAUGCUCAAAUAAAUUAUAACAUUCAGCUUCCAUCAGUAAAUACUGUUCAAAAUAACAGAUUACCAGAUCCACCUCAGUUUUCCUCCUUUAUAGGUGCCAUGCCAACAAAAAGUAACAUUCCUCAGUCUGAAAUAUUGCAUAAGGGGGAUCAAGUACAGGAAAUCUUAGAAGGCUUACAGAAAUUAAAAUUAGAAAACAAUCUAUCCACACCAGUGUCCCAUUGUGUACUAAUUAAUACAUCAGUAACACUGACUCCCACUCCUGCUAAAUUAAUUCCAAAUGCUACAGUUGUUCAACCAGUUUCUGAAAUGAUAAACAACAUUCAGUUUAAUGACAGAGUUAAUAAACCCUUUGUUUGUCAAAACCAAGACUGUAACUAUAGUGCUAUGACAAAGGAUGCACUAUUUAAACACUAUGGUAAAAUUCAUCAAUACACUCCAGAGAUGAUUCUUGAAAUUAAGAAGAAUCAGUUGAAAUUUGCUCCAUUUAAAUGUGUAGUACCUACCUGUACAAAAACAUUUACAAGAAAUUCUAAUCUUCGGGCACACUGUCAGUUGGUACAUCAUUUUACCACAGAAGAAAUGGUAAAGUUAAAAAUAAAAAGGCCUUAUGGAAGGAAAUCUCAGAAUGAAAACUCACCAGCCCCACAAGUAACACAAGUAAAAAGACAGCUAGAUACAACAGAAGAAAAUAAAAGAGAAUUCCAGUCUCCUUUAGAACUAGGAACAGUGAAAGAAAAUGCACUCAGUGAUGUAUCUGUGAUACCAGAAAAAGAACUUGCAGAAAAAAAAAGUCCUGAAAAUACAGAAAACUCUUCACAAGUGAUCACAGUUACUUCAUCAGAACAGUGUGAUACAACCUCUCUCACAAGCACACAAACCAAAGGACGGAAAGUUAGGAGGAAUAGGAAAGAAAAGGAAGAGAAAAAACGCAAGAAGCCAGUUUCCCAAUCCCUUGAAUUUCCAGCAAAAUACAGUCCCUACAGACCUUAUCGAUGUGUUCACCAAGGUUGCUUUGCUGCCUUUACAAUACAGCAAAACUUAAUUCUGCAUUACCAAGCUGUUCACAAAUCAGAUUUGCCUGCUUUUUCUGCAGAGGUUGAAGAGGAAAGUGAAACUGGUAAAGACAGUGAAGAAAUUGAAACUAAACAUACUGUGAAAGAAUUUCGAUGUCAGGUGAGUGACUGUUCUCGGAUUUUUCAAGCAAUUACUGGCCUAAUACAACACUACAUGAAACUUCAUGAAAUGACUCCUGAGGAAAUUGAAAGUAUGACUGCUUCUGUGAAUGUAGGGAAAUUUUCAUGUGACCAGUUAGAGUGUAAAUCUUCAUUUACUACAUAUUUGAACUAUGUUGUUCAUCUUGAGGUGGACCAUGGAAUUGGGAUAAAGGGAAGUAAAAGUGAAGAAGAUGGUGUGUACAAAUGUGACUGUGAAGGUUGUGACCGUAUAUACGCAACUCGAUCUAAUCUUCUUCGACAUAUUUUUAACAAGCAUAAUGACAAACAUAAAGCUCAUUUGAUUCGACCAAGAAGAUUAACACCUGGUCAGGAAAAUAUGUCAAGCAAAGCAAACCAAGAAAAGACAAAAUCUAAGUAUCGGGGGACAAAACACAGCAGAUCUGGAAAGGAAGGAAUCAAGUUGCCUAAGACUAAACGAAAGAAAAGAACUAAUUUAGAGAACAAGAAUGCAAAGAUUGUGCAUAUUGAAGAAAAUAAACCUUACUCUUUGAAACGUGGAAAGCAUGUAUAUUCUAUAAAGGCUAGAAAUGAUGCCUUAUCUGAGUGUACUAGCAGAUUUGUAACCCAGUAUCCAUGUAUGAUAAAGGGGUGUACAUCAGUUGUUACAAGUGAAAGUAACAUAAUUAGGCAUUAUAAAUGCCAUAAAUUGUCUAAGGCAUUUACAUCACAGCAUCGCAGUCUUCUUGUUGUCUCCAAACAGUGUUGUGACUCACAAGUAAAGGAAACUUGUGAGCAAGAAGUUGGUAAGAGUGAUAUGAAGGAUCCUGACACAUGUGUACUAGAGGGCACUGAUAGCACAACAUUAGCUUCAGGUCCACAGAAGGAAGUUGAAAAACAUGAAAAAGAUGAAAUGGAUGAACUGACAGAGUUAUUUAUUACAAAAUUAAUAAAUGAAGACAACACAAAUGUGGAGACUCAAGCUCCCACCUCUUCAAAUAUAGACACUGAUUUUCAGGAAAAUAAUCCCAGCCAGCCAGAAAAACAAAAAGCAAGUAAUUUGAAGAGGGUCAAUAAAGAAAAAAGUGUUUCCCAAAAUAAAAAGCGAAAAAUUGAAAAAACUGGACCAGCACCAGCAGUUGAGGUAAGCAGCAUGCAUAAAGAAGAAGAAACUGCUAUUGGAAUUCAAACCACUGACGACCACCCUGCAUCUUUUGACUGGAGCUCUUUUAAGCCAAUGGGAUUUGAAGCUUCAUUUCUGAAGUUUCUUGAGGAGUCUGCAGUAAAGCAGAAGAAAAAUACUGACAAAGACCACCCAAAUACUGGAAAUAAAAAAGGAUCCCAUUCAAACUCAAGAAAAAGUGCUGACAAGACUGCUGUAACUAGUGGAAAUCAUGUAUGUCCUUGUAAAGAAAGUGAAACUUUUGUACAAUUUGCCAAUCCAUCACAGCUUCAGUGCAGUGAUAAUGUAAAAAUUGUUUUAGACAAAACUCUUAAAGAUUGCACUGAGCUUGUCUUAAAGCAACUUCAGGAAAUGAAACCUACCGUCAGUCUGAAAAAACUUGAAGUACAUUCAAAUGACCUAGAUGUAUCGGUUAUGAAAGAAAUCAGUCUGGGUAAAGCCACAGGGAGAGGGCAGUACUGAUAAUUAAGUACUAUAAAUGCAUCAUCUAUAGUUUUAUUUUAAAUAGGAAGCCAUCAAGCAUGUUAGAAUUGUGAAAUGUAUUCAUUUUUUUGUUAUGAAUUAAUAUGACCAAAAAAGAAAAAAAAAACCAUGACAUUUGUCAUGUAAAACUUUUUUUUUUUUUAUCCCUAUGGGACUUGAAGAGAAUCAGUACUUCACUUACUGUAAAUAAUUGACCUAAACCUCAGAUUUCUAUCAAUCAUUUGUCCUUCCCAUGAGCUAAACUGAAUUAUCUGUUGAUUAUGUUUCACUAGGUCACUGCUCAUAUAUAACAGUACUUUUUGUUUAUAGAUAACAUUUUUGUAUAUAUUUAUUACUGUAUAUCAUUUGCUGCUGCCAGCAGUCUGUAAGUCUAAACUAUUAAAUUACACAUUUAUAUUUGGAAUUUUAAUUUUUAAGUGAUCAAGUUUUUAAAAUGGUUCUUUUAUUGUUUUUAAUUAAGAAAUUUUGAACUAAAAUAGAAACUCUGCCAUAGUUCACUGAUUUUUUUUUAAUUAUUAUUAUUUUUUUUUACAUAAAGCAUUUAUAGGAUGAUCUCAAUUUUCACAAAAUAGGCACAUUAUGUCAACAUUUUGUCUGCUUUGUAAAUUUACCAUCCAGGAUUUUGGGGGUGGUAUUCAUGUAAAAUUAAAGCAGAUACUUUAGCAGUUUCCUAUAGCUACCAUUUCUUUCCAAUGCUUCUAAUUGGAUAUAGUUACUAUAAUUCCAUAAAAUACAAUGGAAAUGUGAAUAAAGAAUUUACUACAUUGAAGAUUUUAAGCAUUUGGUAUUUAAAAAAAAAUCCUUUGUGAAUGUGAUAGAAACUAGUAGUGUGGAGCAGUGUAAAUAUUUGAGGUGGUGAUUUGUGAAGUAGCCCAGUAUUGCCUUAAAUAAAAUCACAUUUCAUUUCUUGUUUUAUACAUGUGAUCUUAUAAAAGAUUUUUUUUUUUUUUGGUCCAUUUUCUGAGAUUUAUAGAUUGGUGUAUAGCUUUAAACUGUAUAAACUUUUGUGGAAAGAUUUUUAAAAACAUUUUUAUAAAUCCUAAAAUUGGUAUCAUCAAAGUGAGCCCAUCUUGUGUUUAUAAAAUGCAAGAGUACUUAACAUUUAUAAUUACAUAGAUGAAACACUUUCUAUAAGGAAGUUGGAUGUUUUAAUUUUACUGUUUAUAGAUGUUAGAUUGUACAGAUUUGUCUGUAUUUUCCCACCAUAUCUAAUGAUACUUUUUCAUUAGAUUGGUCUUCCAGAGCAGUAUUAGUUGUUAUAACUGAUUAUUUUGAUUAUUCAAUAUAUAGUUAGCUCUUAUAGUUUAGCUUUCUUCACCAUAUUUAUACUGUGGAUUCACCGUCAGAGAUAGAGGUUAUUGCAGGAGAAUUUAUGACCUUCAACUUAAAUCAGUACUGGAAACAAAAGAUAACAUACUUUAACUAUUUUCUUUUGUUUCUGUUUGUCCUAAGUAGCAGCAUUGAUUUAUUUUUUAUUUUUUCUUUGUUAUGAAGCAUUUGCAUUCACAAUAAUAUUAGCCUGAAAUAUUGACUACAUUGUGAUGAUAUGAAAAUAUGUAUAUUCUCUGUGAAACAUCGGAUUUGCAGGAAAAACGAAGCACUUAACAGUAACUGAAAUUGCUGGUACUCUGAAUAAAUAAGCAUGGCUAAGGAGUGAA